UUUCCGGAACUUUCCUUACCGGCGAAUUUUACCAAGCAGUGGGGCUUCCAGAAACUUCUCUCAGUUUCCCGUCCCAGUCGAGGAAUCAGCCUGAAAGAUGGCAAAGUGGGGUGAAGGAGAUCCUCGUUGGAUCGUGGAAGAGAGAGCGGACGCCACGAACGUGAACAACUGGCACUGGACAGAGAAAAAUGCCACUCCCUGGUCUAAGAAGCGGUUGGAAGAGUUGUUGGUUGGGCUGAAGAUUGAAGAAGAUGGAGUGAAGUGUGAGAUUAAGGACAUAGCAAAGAUUGAGGGUGAGGCUACAAUCAACAACAGAAAAAAGAAGUUAAUCUUCUUUUAUGAGUGGGAAUUAGAGUUGGAAUGGAAAGGCAGCCUUGGUGAUAGUAAAACAAGUUUUACUGGCAAGGCAGAAAUACCCAACCUGAGUGAAGAGAAUGAUAUUGAGGACAUAGAUGUAAAUGUUUCUGUGAAGUCCAGUUCAGACGAGGCCCACACAGUGAAGGAAGUCAUCAGGAAAAAGGGUUCAGACAUCAUCAGGGAAAGGCUUGGCCAGUACAUCAAGGAUUUAAAAACAGAAUUUUCUCAGAACCUGAUUCUUCCCUCUAAAGAUCAGAAAAAAUCCCCAACAGCAAUAGAAAAGAAACCAGUCAAAAAGGAUUUAAGCACAUUGCCAGUUGUCAGUAAAGCAGCGCCAAAGGAGCAAAAGAUUGGUGUGAAGAUCAACACACUUACGUACAAGUAUCAGGAGGACUUCCUGUGCCCACCUGACGAGCUGUACACCACCCUGACAGACGUGGUCAGAGUGCAGGCCUGGACACACAGUCCUGCAGAGAUGGAGACAGAAAAGGGUGGACCUUUUGUACUCUUCAAUGGCAUGGUGGAGGGGAUCUUUGAUGAGCUGUCCUCCCCUAACAAAAUUGUGAUGAGGUGGAGGUUCAAGUCAUGGCCACCAGCUCACUACUCCGUGGUGACUAUCCAGCUGAUCGACAAACAGGACCACACGGUCAUGAGGUUGACCCAGACCGGCAUCCCUGACAGUGACUUUGACAGAACGAAGGCUGGCUGGAGACAGUACUACUGGGUCCCCAUCAAGGACACGUUUGGCUUUGGGGCCAGGGUGGGAAGUCUUUGACGUCUGAUUUGGCAGUCAGAAUUAGGAGUAGUGUUAAAGUCUGCCUUCCAAACUGUAGUAUGUUGUCACAACUGGGGAAAGAACAAGAGGUCUAACUUUGUAAGCUGUGACCAAACAACUUUGGCAUGGAGAAGUUAACUCAAUAUUUGUGAACAAGACGGGAAUCCUGUUAGGAUCGAUAUUGAACAACAUACUCCUGUAUGUGGUAAUGUCUUCUGUUAGAGUGCUUGCCAGUAGGAUUGUUAGUGCAUCCUUACCUAGAAUAGUGAUUAGGAGAGUUUUGAUGCUAGUCUAGUGUGUACUCCACAACUUCCAUUCGCAUGCAAACUAAAGAUUUUAAAAGCAAUGCAAGGAGUCAAGCAUGUUCCUCUCGAUGCUGACAAAAACAGUUGGCCUUCAGACCAAAUCACAAGCGGCAACUGUUACCAUUGGGGAAACAUUUGUAGCUAAAAGCAAGGAAAGAUGACAGCAUGCCACAUGUUCAGAUAUUGUGUCUGACAGUAUCCAGCUUGCAUUCCUGAUUGAUGAAAAGGAGUGGCUGCAAUCUAUUUAUUUAUUGGCAUUUUUCAUUUUCACAUUAUUGUUGGCUACGUUGUAUUUUGAACAUGUACAUGGAUCUGAUUUGGUCAUAUCCACAACACCCGAAGAUACCAGAUACCUCUCUACUCAUUUGUGCUGGUACAGUCCAGUUGCCUGCAUUUUUGCAGCCCCACCCAUAGCAAUGUAUAUCCAUCAACUAGGAUAAUUUUAUUUUCAUGUGUAUGAUUUUUAUGUCUAGGUUCUUAAACUGUGUCAAUGCCAUGAUACUCUUGAGAUACAGAAUGUUUUUAAUUUGAGUUUGGACAAUAAAAUUUUAAUAUUUGUUUUUCAUGAA